AUGACCGUGACCAGCCCAGAAUUCGAGGUGAAAGUAAUUUCCACCAAGGAAGAAUAUGCUCGUCUAGUCGAGGUUCUAUGGGCAGCUAGUGCACGCCCAUACAAUCCCGUCUUUACCGCCAUACACCCAAUCAACGGACACACACCCGAAGAUCGCGCCCGUGACAAAGCACUAGAUACCGAGAUACGAUGGAGUGCUCAUGAAAAGAACCCAAACUCGCAUUUAAUCUACGCGAUCGAUAAAGAAACAGGCCGAGUAGCCGGAGGAUGCGAAUGGCUAAUCUUCAACAAGAACCCAUUCCCGAACGGACCGCAGCCUAUGAAAUGUACCUGGUAUCCCGAAGGCACAGAGCGAGCGGAGUACGCGGAGGUGAUGCUCAAUCAAGCGUUUUUCCCACGACAGUGCUGGUUUCAGCGACCGCAUGCGGGGGUUAAUGCGAUGGGGGUGCAUCCUGAUUAUCGACGUAAGGGUGUUGGGCGGUUAUUGAUGGAGUGGGGACAUGAGAUUAUUGAUCCGUUGGGAUAUGAGAGUUUCAUUGAGGGAAGUCCGGUUGGAAGGUGGCUUUACGAGAAGUGUGGAUAUCGGAGAGUCAUGGGCCUUCAUGUGGACUUUGAUAAGCCUAAUCCAAGUGAUGAAUGGUUGCGGUUGAUUCAUGAGUGUAAACCGCCAGGCAUUCUAUUACUUUGGAGACCUCCACGUGGAGAGUGGACGGAGAAGGUGCCUCCUGGUCCGUGGGCCGUUACUGAGGAGACUUUUCAGUAG